AAGAGUUUUGCAUGAAAAGAUGUGAUAGUGACCCAAAUCCGUCCAAUGAAUACUUUGUUUUGCAACAAAGGUGACACAAGACGUGACAAGGACGGCUUCAUGAAUGUUUUGACAGGUGAUUGGUUCUGUUGCGGUAGCGAUUUGCAACGAUGUGCAAAGGUUGCUCGUAUUGAUUCAAGGGCUGGACCACCUGCACCAUCUGAGAGGCCUUUGAUUCCACGACCAAGGAAAGCUCCAAGAUCUCCGAGGUCUCCAUGUGGACCCCAAGAGUCUCCACGAAAGUCCGCCGGGCGUCGGUUCGUAACUCAAGGCAUUUGGAUGCGGGAUUCUGCAGUUGAACCCGAGGAUUCCAGCUUGCCGUUGAUGGAAAGGCCAUCGCCCAAUUGGAACCAGAAAUUUGUCGAAGAAGCGGCUGGUUUGGCUAAGCCAAUGGCAGCUUGCCAUGAGAGCGAAUCACCUCCUUGCAUCGAUUGGGCAGGUACUUUUCCACCCCUACCAUCAGUUCAAACUGAAGAAACCCAAGAAACCCAACAUCUAAGGGUUGAAUCCUUGCAUUUGAUCAGUGACACUUUUGUGGUGGAACCUGAUGAGUCCCCCGAGGUUUCUGAAAAUGAGUUGAAAAUUUCUCAAGUGCUUCAGGGGAGGACCCUCGUCCUUAUGGCCAGCGAUGUUUCGGGUGUCAAGAAAAACCGGCCCCAGGAGGAUUCUCUUGCCAGAAUUCAAACUUGGUUCCAAAAUUGUGGCCUUGAGAAUACUCUUGUUGCAGCGGACAUCAGACAAUUUGGAGAAUCUGCAAUGUCUUUUGCUGAGUGCUGUCAGCCUGGUGAUACCUGCGCACUCAUUUUAAGUGGGAUGUCAGCCUUUGAAAUUCCGGAGGAAGAGCGAAUUGAAGUUUCUGGAAUGACUGGCGGGGCAAUUUUGUCCGAUUUCUGGCAAUGUUUGCCAAGAGGCAUUACUGUGGUCAUCAUGGCUGACUCUGACAAUAUAUUUACUGGAAUGGAAUUUGAAGAUAUAGUCGAGAGCAAAAAUUUGAAACUGAUGGUCUUCGCUUUGUCUUUUGAUGAGAAGGUUUCACACACUUCCCGCUCAUUUUUAUGCAACAUGGCCAUGCUGCAAGCUGCUGAUGCUUUGAGUCUGGCGGAUGGACCAUGCAAACUGACUUGUCUGGAUUUUUUUCAAGAAAUGCUGGAACAGGCCGAAGAUUUGGCGGAAGACUGGGGGCUUCCAAAACCCAAACCUUUUCUGAAGAGUUUGCCUGAAAAUUCCUUAGCAAAUACUCGAUGGCCAUUGUCUCGGGCACCUCGGGAAUUGGCCCGGGAGAUUGGCGCGAACAACACUGCGGCCACUCAAACCUGGAUCCGCACAGGAGCAAUGCCCAGACCCGAAGUGCAAUGCCAGCAAUGCCCAGAGAUCCAUCGACCUCGGCCCAGAAGUGAAAGUCCACCAAGAGAGCGAGCUGCAGCGGAACAACUUGCUGCUGUAGGUGCCAGCAUUGCAUCGGCUGCCCUGGCUGCCACAGCUGCGGCUGUGGUCGAAGCUGGCUCUGCCACUGUUGCAGCGUUGGUGGAUGUGCAGCAUUCAAGGAGCUUGGGGAGCUUGGGUGGACAGCUUUCAAGAGGCCCAGGAGGAAAUCAAAUUAGCAAAUCACUGUCUGCUCGUGAAGCGCACGACAGACGGUGGAUAGCCGAUGUACCUGGGAUGAGUAUGAAUCCGCACGAAGAGAGAGAACGAGAACAUGGUGCUUCGGUAGAUAAGCACAGAAGGAAAAGUAAAACAGUGGAUGCUUCUGCUAAAGAGCACCAAUCCAAUCGAAAUACUAGCCGCGGCGUCCGAUCCAUGCGAUCCAUGCCGCAGAACUUUGGAAGCCUUGAACUGAUGCUCUCUGGAGGGGGAGCUUUGAAAAAACCAGGGAAAUUCAAAGCAAAACCCAAAACUUCCGCCACUUCCCCGCCAUGAAGUGCCAAUUCUUGCAUCUUAAGGCAUGAUAAGGCUUCAUUCUGCCGAGUCAGCUUAUAUCCUUCCUCAAGUCAUGAAAUUCAUUUUCUUUCCGUUGCAGUUUGCAAAGACAGCUGUGCAAAGACGUUGGAACAAUUUCAGAGUGCAUGCACCUUCAGGAUUCUGCACCGGCUCUGUAUGUGCGCUCAAGGUGGGACGUUCUGAGAAAAA